AUGCCGUCGCGUGAUGAUGAUGGGGAUAUUCACUACUCAGAGAAGGCGGGCACUGCCGAGCAGCAGAAGCAUGCUACCAGGACUUACACUUACAAGAGCUGUCGCCAAGGUGGUAAGGAUGAUGAAAGCUCUAGAAAAUCUGAAAGCAAGAUUCGCAUUCAAGUUCGAAAUGUCUCCUGGAGCCCAAUAAGAGCGUCUUUAGUUAGGGAAUUAAUCGGGAAAAUUUAUGAUAAAGACGAAGCACGGUUGAGAGUCGGCAAGGAAAAACUAUUCGAUCAUAUUAACGCGAGCCAUACCAUGAAGUGGACAGUAGAUCAGAGAAAUAAUAUAGCACAACUCUAUACAUACAAUGUCGACGGGGAAGGGCAAUGCCGAAAAGGGCGACACGGAGAACGACUCGGGGAAGUGCGACCCGAAGAUCAUGAUCAUCCACAAGGAAUAUGGAUGCAAUAUAACACUUUGCUCGGCUCUGGUUAUGUUUUUAACACAACGAGUGAUCCAAAUGCUCGAGAAGACAUCUUGAAUCAGGCGAGAGAGCUUUUUGUACACAGAAGGCCUCAUCCCGAGACUAUAGAGGGAGACUGGACAUAUGUUAAAGAAACUGGAAAAAAAUCCAAGCUUGUUGAACGUAAAAAUCUCGAUCAUUGGACCAAUCAAACCAAAGUUGAUGGUCUGCCUUGGAUGGCUAGAGCUGGAACCGAGACAAAAGCCGAGACAAAAACCGAGACAAUUGGGAGUGGUGUUACUUUACCAUAUAAAUUCAGAGACUACGACUUGCAGGUCCUGAAUGACUGCACAGUAGAAUUGGAUCUGGUGACCUUGGAUAUUUUAUUUGGCGACUAUUUCUCAGUUAGAUCAAUUGAUCCUUAUGAAAAAGAAUGGAUCUAUUGGCGAAUAACAGAGGGGAGAAAUAGAAAUGGAAGAACCGACUUUUUUCUUUCAAGCUAUUAUCCUCGUAAAGAGAAAAUGUCGUACCACACCCCGAGCAACAAGAAAGUUUGGGUUGUCAACAACACCACCACUGGCCAAAGCUACUUAAAGGUGCUUGAGCUACUUAAGACUACCAGGGCGGUCAAUGAAAUUGUACAGAACGAAAGUCACUGGAAACUUGUUUGGGACCAGGAGAAGGGCCGGCUUACCCUUAAGGAAAUCAGUAAUGGCAAAUCAAAGGAAAAUGAUACCUCCCGAUCCCGCCCCCGCUCUCACUACGAGGGAGCGGAGAGCGUCUAUCACUCUAGCAACGAAUAUCAAACAGGUAGAAGGCCCGAGGUUCGCUCUACUUAUAGACGUUCUCCCAGUGUCAGCAGUCGUGGUGGCAGUAACCAGGAAAGAGCCACCGACGACCGGCACAGGGAAUAUCGACCUCGUAGCAACAGAAGCCUCGCACUCUCAGCGCAUGGGAGAUAUAUCGGAAGAGACCAAGACUACAUCUACAGUCGCAACCACCACAUGGCUCCCACCUCAGGCUCGAGUUCCGGUGUUGAAUCAGAUGUUGUGGGGCAAGAUAUCUCCUUUUUCGAUCCUCGAACAGCCGAAAAUGGGAGUCUAAGCUCAAGUACACGCCGGCACACACAAACACAAACAGAAGAGUCGAAAGAAAGACGCCCAAGAGGUCAAAAUCUUAAGAAAGUGGCGAAGUUUUUCAACUCAGAUUACAGACAGGAGAGAACACGCAAGAGGAACCUGAGCAGGGAGGAGGAGUGGAAAGAGGAUCAGCGGAAAAAGGAAAAGCGGAAAGAGGAAAAGCGGCAAGAUGAAAUAAAGAAGAUGCAAAAGCGGGAAGAGAAAAAGUGGGAAAGGGAACGGACGAGGGAAGAUAGGAAGAGGAGAAACAGUGGAGGUCAUUCGGAUUGGGAAUGGAGUUAUGGGGAUAGAGAGAGGGCUAGGGAACCCUUGGCUCAUAGGAAGUUGAAAGUUUCGUUCUCUUAUCAGGGGAGUGGUAGAAGAAAGAGGGGAAGUGAUGUAUGA